AUGACAGAUAACAUAUUUCUGUUUGUACCUAACAUUAUUGACUAUUGUCGAGUGAUCUUUGCGUUCAUGUCUUUCUACUAUAUGCCUACAGACCAUUAUAAAGCAGCGUGUUUAUAUUUAUUAAGUGGUUUUCUAGAUGAAUUCGAUGGCCGCCUUGCUAGACUUUUAAAACAAACUAGUAAACUGGGUGCACUGUUAGAUCAGCUGACUGAUCGGAUAAUUACGAUGUGUAUGUGUGCGGUGCUGUGUCAUUUCUACCCAACUUAUAUUCUCUUCUUCCAGUUCAGUAUGGCACUUGAUAUCUUCAGUCACUGGGUUUAUCUACACAGUUCAUUGAUGAUUGGCAAAGAGAAUCAUAAACACGUCGAUUUGUCAGAAAAUUUUAUUGUACGUCAUUAUUAUACAAACGAACAUGUAUUGUCUGUAAUGUGUUUAGGUAAUGAAAUAUUUUACUGUUUACUUUACCUUCGGCAUUUCACCAUCGGACCAGUUUUAGGAAAUCUUUCCAUUGGUUUGUGGACUUUACUUCUGUUUGUUGCUGCUCCAAUAACUAUUGCUAAGAUGGUCAUAAGUGGUGUACAAAUGGUCAUAGCUUGUCGGAACAUAGCUGCCAUUGAUAUCACGGAACGAGAGAAGGAAGCACGAGAAGAAAGGAACAAAUAUAAGGGAGAAUAG